AUGCGGCCCGAUGGUAUCUCGAGUGCAAAUGGCUUCUCCCAGGCGUCAAACGGCCUGAGUGCAUCUCCGUCGCGGAAGACAGUUUUCGCUCACUCUUCCAACAGCCAGCCAGCACACUCAUCCUCAAAUGGCGAAACUCAGAAGAAUGGCUCCUCGAAAACGUCAAAGAGGUCUUCCUCUUAUUUCGGGCACGACCGAGAAGAAGUGACUAGGAUACUGAUACAAAGUCUGUAUGAGCUUGGAUACGACGGGGCUGCCUCGCUACUUUCCAUGGAAAGCGGCUAUCAGCUGGAAAGUCCGGCAGUUGGUAUAUUCAGGAAGGCAGUUCUUGAGGGGUGUUGGGCUGAGGCGGAGGAUAUCCUGAUUAAAUCAUUCACACCUGAUGUAGAUGUGCGAGAUACAGGCUUCAGCUCUGGGAAACCUGCAACCACAGAGAAGCUGCUAUUGGUGGAAAAUGCUGAGAAGAAUGAGAUGCUGUUCUACCUACGGCAACAAAAGUUUCUUGAAUUGUUAGAAGCACGAGACCUUGGCUCGGCCUUGACCGUGCUUCGGCACGAACUGACACCUCUCAACUAUGACGUUGGGCGUCUUCAUGCUCUUUCGAGCUUGUUGAUGUGUCCUCCUGAGCAUCUGCAUCACCAAGCUGGCUGGGAAGGGCCCAUAAGCUCUUCUCGAGAGCGGCUAUUAUCUGAACUGUCAAAAUCCAUAUCUCCAUCCGUGAUGAUUCCAAACAACCGUCUUGCAAUUUUGCUAAAUCAUGUCAAGCAAAAUCAAAUCAACCGCUGCUUAUAUCAUAAUACUGCAGCCCCUCCGUCGCUAUAUUCGGACCAUAUGUGCGAUAGAAAUGAUUUUCCACUUCGAACUGGUGUUGAACUAAGUCAGCAUUCAGACGAGGUCUGGUAUUGCCAAUUUUCCCAUGACGGCUCAAAGUUGGUCACAGCAGGGCGGGACCGUCACGUAUACAUCUAUGACACAACCAACUUUUCUGUGUACCGGCAGUUGGAGAAGCACGAGGAGGGUGUUGCGCACGUCAGUUGGAGUCCGGACGAUAGCAAACUCAUCACGUGCUCUCAGGACAAGAAAGCACGCGUCUGGAGUGUUGAGACCGGCCGCUGCCUUCUGACCAUCAAUCAUCAUCGGCAGCCUGUAACGGCUGCCGUAUGGGCUGCAGAUGGAGAGUCCUUUGUGACCGCGUCCCUUGAUUUAAGCUCCCAACUAUGUCACUGGAGCAUGCGAGGCGAUCCUCUGUAUACAUGGCACGGUGGCUUCAGGGUUCAAGAUUGCGCCAUCACUCCCGACGGACGCCGAUUGAUCGCUGCGGAUGUCGAGGAAAAGAUUCAUGUUUAUGACUUUGCGACUCACGAAGAGGAAUAUUGUCUCGCACUGAAGAGCAAACCCACUUCUGUAGCUGUCAGCAGAGACUCACGAUAUAUGCUCGUGAACCUGUCUGAAGGUCAGAUACAGCUGAUCGACCUUGAUACUACAGAGGUUAUCAGGCGUUUUCAGGGACAAAAACAGGGUCACUUCGUCAUCCGAAGUGCCUUUGGUGGCGCAGCUGAAAACUUUGUCGUCAGUGGCAGCGAAGAUUCACGGGUCUACAUAUGGCACAAAGAAAAUGGUACGCUAGUAGAAACGUUAGAGGGUCAUAUUUCAGGUUGUGUCAACGCGAUAUCCUGGAAUCCUACAAAUCCUGGCAUGUUUGCAUCUGCAGGUGAUGACUGCUUUGUCAGAAUCUGGACCCGCGAACGUGACAUGCAGCGAUAUGCCCCAGCUAGCAAAGGCGAGGCGGUAUCAGUGAAUGGCUCCGCACGCACGAGUGCACUACGAUCAACGUCAAGUUUCUGA